CCGGAAGAAGAUGGGACUCGGGGCUGACAUCGCAUCGUGGUCUCUAGGGAAAACCAGCACGCUACGAAGAAAUCCGGCACAAGUUCCAGGCGGACCCUGCGGAUGUGGACGGAGACACAAAGCCGCCGUCCUCGCAGGAGCUGCAGAUGACGCUGAAGGCGCUGUCCAACGUGGUUUCGAGACUCGACAACAGCUGUGCUACUCUCGUUAAGGACAUCGUUGCGACCAGCUGGGUGGGUAGGGAUGGCCUCUUUGUGUCAGCGUUUGUGCGCUUGUUGGGGAAUCUAGUCAGUGCCCACGCGAAUUACAUGGGUCUUGUGACAAAGAUGUUGGUCCGCAACCUGAGCUUCCUACCGACCUCGACCGGAAACCUCCCCGGCUACGUCUUUGUCGACCGGAACACCAUCUAUGACCGCGUCCACUACGCCCUCCAAUAUAUUAUCGCUCUUGUCCCGACCGCUGCUAGUUCUACCCUGUUUCCGCUCUUAGUCGCGGAAUUCCCCCACAAGAGUGAGAGGAAACUGGAGCACACGUGCUACUUGGCGAAUAUGCUGAGAGUCGUGGAAUACGUUCCGGCUUUGAGGCAUAAAGUCCUCUCGGUUAUCACGGACCGCGUCAUUAAGAUAGACAUUGAGAUCCAGGUGGACCUCGAAGAGCUGGAGGAUGAUGAAGGAGAGGAGCUGGAAGCCGAGCUCAAGGGUGCGCUGAAGGAGAAGGAGAAGAAGGAUGUUGGUGCUAAUGAUGAUGAAGAAGAGGAGGAGGAGGAAGUAGAGGAUGAUGGAAAUAAAACCGACGAGGAUAGUGACGAAGAAGAGGAUAAAGACACGGUCAAGGCCAUCAGGGAGACUGUGGAUAAACUUGAUUGCAUGCUCGAUCUACUGUUCAAGUACUACUCGCAAUUCCUCCCAGACGGCACCGAGAAGGAUCCCAACAGCUGUUCAUCUACGGCAGUUAAUACCUUCGAGAUGAUUCACAACACCUUCAACACCACAAUCCUGCCGACCUACCGCUCGCGCUACACGCAGUUCCUACUCUUCUGGGCUGCGCAGAAAGCACCACGUUUCUCGGACCAUUUCUGUGUUUCGAUGGUGGAGAAAGCGCUCGACAACAUCAGCCCGGUCGGCACACGGCAAGCCGCGACGGCGUACAUCGCCUCGUACGUAGCGCGCGCCAAGCUCAUGCCGGCGAAGGACGUCCGUGCCGUCGUCCGGAUCCUGUGUCGAUGGCUCAGCGAAUUUGUCGACGUGCGGUCGGUCGACUGCAACGGCCCCGAUGUCCGGAAGUUCCGUCCGUUCUACUGCGUCGUCCAGGCGAUCAUGUACAUCUUCUGCUUCCGGUGGCGAGAGCUCCGUGAGGAGGUCGAGGACGAGUGGGGCGUCGUCGAGACUUCGUGGACUGCCGGACUGGACGUCAUGCAGAAGGUCAUCACCAGCCGGUUCAAUCCUCUCAAGGUGUGCUCGCCCGCCGUCGUCGACAUGUUCGCUAAGAUCGCCAACCACCUGCAGUUCGUCUUCUGCUACACCAUCAUCGAGCAGAACAAGCGGAAGGGGCGAGGACGCGAGGACGACAUGCUCGACUCGUACUUCCCGUUCGAUCCGUUCCUGCUCAAGAAGAGCAAGCGCUGGAUCGACGAGUGCUACGUCGAGUGGAAGCCCGUGCCUGGCCUCGAAGACGAGGAGGAGGAGGACAGCGAUAGCAACGCCGACGAGGACGAGGAUGAGACGGAAGCUGACGAGCUCGAUUCCGGGGAUGAGGGGAGUGAGACCAGUUAGGCGGCGGUGGUGGUCGACGAUGGAUGGACGCACGGACGGAUGGAUGGCGGAAGGCAUUUACAGUUGCGGCAUUUUCUUUUUUUUUUCCUUUCCUUUUCACUGUUUCCCGGGGUUCUAUAAAAGUCUGGAAUGUGGUUUUUUGCUUUGCUCUGGUUUUCUUUACUUUGCUUUGCGUACCGUUGCGCUGCGUUUGCGGGGGGUAAAGGCGUUUGUAUCUUUAUCGUGUUCCACUUGCUAGCUUUCCUUUCCUUUCCCUUCCUUUAUUGUCUUCUCUUCUUCGUUCGGUUCGGUAUAGCUUUGUGGGGGGUUUCUUUCGUUUUGUUUCGGAGUUGGGUUUUCGAAUUUGAUGAUGUAUCGUGCAGGUAUAAGCUCCUGUGGAUAAUUGUGAUUACUUGUCCGGUGUCAGUCUACUCUACUCUGGUG